CAUGUUUGUGCGAGCACUUGUGUGGACAUGCACACACACACAAACACACACACACAUACACACCAUUUGCUUAAAAUAAGAAUCAAUAAUUGGCUAUCAAUUGCCAUGUGCUGAGUGUUUCUGAUAAGAACUCUUGCCUUUUUGUUUUGAUAUUAUAAAUUCCUUCAUGUGGAUUUUAAUAGUCAAUAAGACAGAAUAAUUCCCCCCUCCCCCCAAAAAAGAUACUGUAUGGGAAAAAAGGACAUAGAGGUUUUUUUGGAAGUAAGAGACAGAAGAAAACAAUCAAUAAAAGUAAUACAAUGAAUAUCAGUAACAAAACUGCUCCAUCAGAAUUUAUUCUCCUGGCAUUUUCAGACCUUUUUAAAUGGCAUUUCUUCCUCUCUGGACUCAUGAUCUUCACUUACUUCUUCACAGUGAUGGGAAAUGCUCUGAUCGUCUUUCUUGUCUUUUCUGAACCAAAUCUCCAAACCCCUAUGUACUUCUUCCUCAGCAAUCUUUCUGUCCUGGACAUUUGCCUGAACACAACCACCAUUCCUCAGUUGAUAGUGAACUUGCUCUCAGGAAGAAGUGUUAUUGCUUAUGAAAGGUGCAAAAUACAACUCUUUUUCUAUGUUUUAUUUGUUGGGAGUGAAUUUCUCUUGUUGGGAGUGAUGGCUUAUGAUCGUUAUGUUGCCAUCUGCAAUCCUCUCCACUAUAUUAUGGUCAUGAGUCAAAAACUAUGUAGCCAGCUAUUAUCUGCUAUUUGGUUAAUAAGCUCACUCAAUUCCACUAUACACACAGUUUUCACAUUCAGUCUGCUCCUUUGCAGGGGCAAUAAAAUCAAUUACUUUUAUUGUGAUAUCUCUCCUUUAUUAGCUAUCUCUUGUGGGAACAUUUCCAGAAGCACUAAUGCAAUACUGGCCACCAGCCCCAUAAUGGGCUUGGCACCAGCAAUGUGCAUCGUAAUUUCCUAUAUUUGCAUUAUCUCAAGAAUUUUGAAAAUGAAUUCUUCAGCUGCUAUGAGGAAAGCCAUCUCUACCUGUGCUUCACAUUUCAUUGUUGUUUUGCUCUACUGUGGCAGCUGCCUUUUUUCAUAUAUUAGACCUACGUCCAGCUAUUCAUUAAACAGGGACAGCAUUGUUGCCCUUGUUAACAAUGUGAUUUCCCCUAUAUUAAAUCCUCUGAUCUAUACUCUUAGGAACAAGGAUGUAAAAGAAGCUCUGCAAAAUAUUAUGAGGAAGAAAUUAUUCUCUUGCAAGACAAAAUGUUUUGGGAGUUACUAAGAGAACUGAAGAUUCUAUGCACUCACAGAAUACAAAAAGAGGACUUGAUUGUCAAUGGAGGUUCUCAGUCAUCCAGGUCAUGGUUGUCCCAAAGGUGCCUUUCCAAAGGCCACUGGACUUUCUUGAAGAAAGACAAGCCAUUUGCCUUUUGAAAAGUGCCUUUGGGACAAGGGAUUUCAAUUCUGUAAAAUGCUCAGCCUGUGAUAUGUGUCUGUAAUGCAAUCAUUUUUUUUAUUUUAUUUUGUAUUCUAUUUUCCCUCAUUUCAUCUAUCAAGCUUGUAAGGGCCCCAGUUUUCAUAAUGUCUCAGGACAAAAUGUAAGUAUGUAGAACUCAAGCCCAUUAGAGAUAUCUAUGAACAGAUGCUUAUGGUCCAAAAGUACAUUUUAAAAAAUUGCUUUUUUCAAGGCAAAUUUUUCUGUCUUAAUAGUAGGGGAAGGAACUACUAUAUUUUAUUCUUUCUGUAGAAGGCAAUCUGAAGAAAAGAGCUUAAGUGUAUCAAUCUUCAAAUCUGGAGAAACCAGAGAAGAGACACCAAAAGGAAUAGCGAGGGAGUUUAUUGCUUUUUAUUUCUAUAUUUAACAUAUCUAGGGUCUAUUAGGAUAAAAUAAAAAGCAAAUGCAACCACAAAAUAAAUAAAUUUGCACAAUCAAUUUUAUACAUUUGGAAAAUUGACUCUAGAUUCCUUAUUGCAGUUAAAAUUUCAACAACUCCUAUUCUUCGAUAAAAUCUGAGAAUGAUCAUUUUUUUAAAAAAAUCUGAAAUUUGUAAUUUGGGAGACAGCUAACUUAAAGAAAUAUAUCUCAAUUCGUGUGAUAGGACAUUUUAUUAUGGCAUAAUUUUGUUCAAUGUAAUAUGACUUUACAAAGCUUCAAAAGAUUGAUUCAAAUUCAUGGCAGCUAUUAAAUAAAAUCAAGUAUCUUUGAAUCACUUCAAAGAGGUUCAAAAUGUUUUGGUACUCCUACUCUGUAUCUCCUCCUAUAUUUGGGACAAUGCAAAGUAUAUUUUUAAUUUGUAAAUUAAAACAAAAACAAAGAGAAAUCAAGAACUUCAAGCAUCACAUAAAGUGUCAUGCCUUAAAGAAGAAAUCAGCCAUUGCAACUAGCCUGCUACCCCAAAAAUGGAAGUAGUCAGAGAAUGGUAAAAUUCUCAAUUUUUAGUAAUCUACUUUUAAAACCUUUUGAUUUUUUUUAUUUCUAAGAUUAACAUUCAUCUAAUAUUAGUAUGAAUUCAGCAUUAAUUUAUCAUAGUCUCCAGAAUGUAUUUUCUAGACAAUAUGAAUGUUUCUGUGCUGUGCUUUCUUCAUAUCUUCGUGAUUUGCUUUAUAAGUGGCCUUGGGGAAUAUUCAAAGAGUUCAAAUAUUUAGUAACUUAAAAAUGUGUUGCUAUAAUUCCUUUCAGAAAAAUACCCUCUGAAGGGCCUGUUAUGUCUGCAUUUUUAUCCCCUUCUGUCAAAGAUUGGGAAGGGGAAAAAUAAAGCUACAAGUCUUUUGAUAUUUCUCUUUUACAAUUUGUGACUGCAUGUUGACUGCAAAUCAAAUAUUAAAUGAAAUAACACUUUUGAAUUUCAAAUGAUUAUGAUUCAAUUCAUUUCU